AUUUGUGGGUCAUUGUUGUCGUUAUGGCGGAAAUUGACUGCAUUCUGCCUGCGCCUGGUUCCUUACUCCCACAACCCGUGACCGGAACAAGCAUCAUGACAAAAAGAGUGCAAGUACAGAGACCAACACAGAGUGAUUAUUUGUGUCUGAGUUCUGACAUGGCUUCUCCUCAGAACAUGUUCAUCAUUGGCCUCUUUAUGACGAUCUCUCCUAAAGACACCUCAGCCUCCAUCAGUCCAGCUGUUCCAGUAUCAGUGGGAAGCUGUGUGAAUCUGACCUGCAGCAGUACAGCCAACCCUCCUGUGACCAACUACACCUGGUUUAGGAUCAGUGGGGGUAAAUCAACACAGGUAGCAUCCAGACAGAACUACACCCUCAAUGUGACUGUUGGUGAUGAAGGACCGUACUACUGUGAAGCAAGAAAUGAUCACGGCUUUGGGAAGUCAAAGGAACUAUUGCUAUCUAUUCUAGGGCAAGGAAACUCAAAGAUCUGGUGGAUUUUUGGAGGAACUUUGGUGCUUGUUCUUCUUAUAUUGCUCAUUGCUUUCUUUGGAAGGAGGAAACAACCUAAGAUCCUGCGUGGACUUGAACAGACAGAUAAUCCAUUUGAACAGGUGUACGCUAACCAGGUCAACGAUAACCAGAUGUACGCUAACCAUGCUAUGACCAGAAAACCAGCAGAAGUUGCAGACCAGUCUGAGGAGAUCCACUAUGGUGUGAUCGACUUUUCCAAGCAACAACCCGACAACACCCCAGCUGCAGCCCAGGACAGGGACCAGCUGGAGGAGACUGAGUAUUCUGAAGUCAAGGGGACCAGGAGAUGGACUCAGGUUCAGGAACCACCAGUUAAUGAACUUUACGCACAAGUGAAAAGUCAUGCAAUUUAAGUAUUUUGUAAUUGCUUCAUAUGGGUAAUUUACAAUUUUUUUGAUUUUGUGUAUUGGAUUUUAUUUUAAUUACACAUUUCAUCUUAUUAAUUAGUCUUUCUCAUAGCCAUCCAUGCCAUUUUUUUCCAACCAUGAUGUUCAUUGGGUUAACCCACCUGUAUAGUCAGCUUCACUUAGCUUUGAAAGUGCGAGACCAGGAAAAUCUUGCUGACCAUGACUCCCCAUUCAGAUGGUAGUGGUGACCUACAUGCACAUAGCACACAAGGCAUCACAGCCUCUGGUCAGCUAGCGGCACAGUCAGCUUCAAGUUGAUCAGCUUGGUGCUACGAGAGGUGCAUUUGCAUUGUCAUAGUAGUUUUGAUUUUGCGUUUAUACGAUUGUUUUCCUUGAAUUGCAUACACAGUAUUCUAGUAAGAAAAUAUUUGUUAGCUUUUUAGAUGUGUAACUACAUGGAAGUACUCAACUAAAACAUGUAAGGCCUUAAAUCAAUGAUUUCUGCAUAAAAUAAAGAUAAUUGAGUUAGUCUGGUACAGUAUAUUACUAACCCCCCUUUAUGUAUGUUUACAUGAAUGAUGUUAAAAUAUACCAGAACAAACUUAAUUUUUUUUUUUUUCUCACAUGAUUGCGUGUUAGAUACAGUCCAUUUAUCUUUUCGGCA